GCGGAUCUAUCAAAAGCAUAAUGGCAGAAAAAUGUUCCGAUUAUGAGCAUAAAAUGGAGGUCGGUAAGAAAGAAAAGAUGCAAGCGCUGUCUGCCUCCUGUCGAAAGUGUUUGGCUUUGUUUACCAAGAGCCUCGUUCCUGAAACUGUGGUGUCAAAAGCAAACGCAGCGGAAAUUCCAAAGUACUGAAGGCUACAGUGGAUCCUCCUUUGAAGCCCAGUUAUUACACUUCUCCAGAUUCCAGCAAAGACUGAAGUUCCAUCAUAUUCCGGAGGAAGAGGCUAUUGAAGUCGGAUUUCGCAGCCUCCAAACGGCGGCGAAUUUCGCCUUGCUACAAGAGUGCACCUCAUCUGUGAAGGGCGGAGUCCGAUGCACUGCAUCUGUCAUGCCAGACGAUGAUAACACAAACUCGUUUGGGAUGAAUUUGCCUAUAUCUUCCCGGGUUAUUUUAAUGACCAUGAUAUAUGGGUCUGCCGGGUUCGUCAACAAAACACAACUCCAUGCCCUCCUGCACUGCAGAACCACAUUCUUCAGAGCAAGGUUGCCAACUUGCGCUUCUUAUACACCAUACAUUUUCAUGUUCCCCUAUGAACAUGGUUCUGCUCUUCAUUCUCCCGACAAUCCAACCGGGAUAGCCUAUCUUUUAAUGGACAUGCUCUCGGGCCAUCUUCUCAGAUGGUGCAACACGGAUGCGGCGUAGAUAUGUCCUUGAAUGCUGGACUAAUGUCUCCAUUGACCUACAGCAACAUUAUUUUCAACGGUGUUGGCACUCGCUAAUGAUUGGACGAUCAGCUCCGAACUGCCACCGCAUACACGUUCUGUCCAGAAUCAUACAUUAAAGUUGUGAUACAAUG